AUGGAUCCGGCCGACCUCUCUUUAUCGACCAUCUCGCCAAACCUCACCAAGGCGCAACCGGUCGGCCUGGUCGCAAAGAAUGGCGUCGCAGGUGCUGCAUCUGCUAUGGGCAGGGCGCAGGUUGAGCGCAUCAAUGUUGAGCCAAUCUAUACGCAAUUAAAGAGCGCGCUGGGCGACAACUGGGCCGAGUACAAGACUGCCUUCAGCGAGUUCGUGCGCGGCUGUAUUAACCAAGCCGAGCUGUCAUGGGUCCUCCAACCCAUACUCUCCUCUGCGCCGAGUACAACUACCUCUGGCGACUCGAGCAAAGGUCCUCCCUCGAUCUUGAUCCUGCACAAUCAGCUCCUCACAGCCAUAUAUGCCAACACUUUACGGGAUCCUCCGCCCACAGAAGUCGCACCGUGGGUUGUCGCAACAGACAAGCCCACCAGCACGAGCAAGAAUGCGGCAGGAGGCUCAGGCGCAAACGAUAAGGCGGAAGAAAGACUCAAGAAAGAGAUCAUGACGAUUGGUCCAAGAGAUCGUGCGCGCAUCAAAGGGUUGAAGGAUCCAAGUAAAGCUGUCAAUGACGGGUUUCGCGAGGCCUUGGACUACAGCACGGAGCUCACAAUCAGGCCAAGCGGAGCACAAACACUUUCUACGCAAGCGGAACCGCAAAGUGCGACAGGAGCAGGGCCAAGUGGCGGAGGAGCGAGUGGAUUGGCCAGAAAUAAUUUUGAGGUUGAGAUACAUAGGUUGUAUGCGCAACCUCUUGCAGCUGAGCAAUUGGAGUUUCCAGCGCAAGCGGACAUGCAAAAUCGCAUCGAGCCUAUCUGUUACAGGGAAGGACUCACAGGUGGCGUGCAGCAAGGACAAGUGCAACCCUGCGCGGAGUUGGUCGAGCAAGCCGCAGAGGUCUUCAUGAAAGGUGUACUUGGGGCUUUACUUGGACAUGCGAGGAGCAACGCAGCUGGGAAAGACGGCAUUCAGACUCACAAAUUCAAGAAGCAGCUCAGGAAAGAAGAGGACGACGCGGAUCGCGGUGUGCUGCAGAGGAAUGCCGGAGGUCUGCUUCCAGUAGAAAUGGAAAUGAUGGCAAAGACGAACCCACUGAACAUGCAAGAUCUACGGCUCGGCGUAGGCUUGCAAGAUCACUAUCUCAAGCAUGAGCGAUUUUUGGGCGAAAGGGUCAUGCUCAGCCAUUACCCGGAUCUGGUGCGGAAACCUACUCCCAAUGGACUAGCGUUCGGGAAUGGACAUAUUGCCAACGGGAUUGUCAAUGGUGACAAGAAUGGAGUUGCAAAUGACGAGAUGGACAUUGAUGAAAGAUUCGAUCGUCCUGGAGCUUUCCAAGCAGGUACGAGGUCGGAUUACGACAGCAUCAUGGCUGCAUUGGACGAAUGCGCCGCUCCCGGAUAA